GAGGGUUAUCUAAAUUGACUGCAAGUACAUGCACGUUUGUUUUGCUGAUUAUCACUAUCGUCUACAACCUCGACCACAACAUACGGAUCCCCCCGCCCACAAAAUGUCCCUAACCUCCGUCGGAACGUCCCUGUCCGGCCUCAUCGCCGCCCACAACGGCCUCCAACUGCUAACGCCGGGCUGCAACUCCGUCACCCGACUGGACAACGACCCCUCGGAUGGGAAGGUUAAGCUACUGUCCGGUGGUGGCAGCGGCCACGAACCGGCCCACGCCGGCUACGUCGGCGCGGGGAUGCUGAGCGGCGCCAUUUGCGGGGACAUCUUCAGCUCGCCCUCGGUGGCUUCGAUUCUGGACUGCUUGCGGACGGUUGCGGUGGGUCGGGACGAUGCGAGGGUGAUUUUCAUCGUGAAGAACUAUACGGGGGAUCGGUUGAACUUUGGGCUGGCGGUGGAGAGGGCGCGGGUUGGGUUGGGGUACGGGGAUGACGUUCGGAUGUUGCUGGUGGACGAUGAUUGUUCGAUUGAGAGGGGGCAGGUGAGGGCGAGUGUGGGGAAGCGGGGGUUGGCCGGGGUCGUGCUGGUGCACAAGAUUUUGGGAGCGAUGGCUGAGGACGGGGUGGGGCUGGAUGAGGUUUAUGGGUUUGGAGAGGGGUUGGUGCGCAACUUGGGUACGAUUGGGUUUACUUUUAGGGCGGUGGGUGAUAGGUUGGAGAACGUUGAGAUUGGGAAGGGUAUUCACGGCGAACCGGGAGUGUACACGAUGCCGGCUUGUGGGGAUUUUGAGGGAAUUGUGGAGUUUUUGUUGAAGAAGCUGGAGAAGUGCGUACCGAAGGCUGCUGAAGUUGUACUGAUGGUGAACAAUCUUGGAGGUACGUCCGAGUUCUUGAUGGGGAUCUUUUUGAAGAGUUUGCUUGACAAGGCAAAGCAGAGUUACACCGUGAAACGGACCUACUGCGGAUCGUUUUUAUCAUCGCUGGAUCAAGCUGGAAUUUCGGUAACUUUGUUGAACCUCGGCUAUUCUCCGAAACUGCUGCAAUACUUGGAUUACGAAGUGUCAGUCCCUUCAAUGCUAUUUGGAAGAAAACGCUGCAAUCUACCACCUUCAGCUGUUGCAACAGUGAGUCCGAUGGAAGUUCUGCAACCAACCGCGGGAGUCCCCACGUGUACAAUCACCGAGCAAUUCGGCGCCAAGUUGGCAUCCACCGUGAUCACCUUCGUCUGCGAAGCCCUCAUCUCCUGCAAGGACAUGCUGAACACCAUCGACAAAGAGGCCGGCGAUGGAGACACCGGAAGUACCAUCUCCAGAGGUGCCCAAUCAGUUCUAGACCAACUCAACGCCCAUAAGCUGGACCUAACCCAUCCCGCAAACCUCCUCCAGCAAAUCAGCAUCAUCCUGGAGCGCGACAUGGGCGGUUCGUCGGGCGCCCUCUACAGCCUGUUCUUCCAGGGAGCGUCGAAGAUCUUCACCGAAGGCGGCGAUCAACGCGUCACGCUGAAUCUCUGGAGUCAUGCACUAACCGCCGGCAACGACACGAUCGCCAAGUACGCCCUGACCCAGCUGGGCGAUCGGACCAUGCUGGAUGCGUUGCGCGAAGGUGAGCUUGCGAUGAAAGGUGCCCUUGAAGGUGGAAAAGCUACCUUGGAAUCCGUGGAGUGCUUCACGAAGGGCUGCGAAGAGGCGGCACGGGCCACCCAGCACAUGGUGGCCAGGGCGGGACGAGCAUCGUACGCGGCGUCGUCCGGGGAAGGCGACAGGAAGUAUCAGCAUCCCGAUCCGGGAGCGCACGCCGUUUCGAUCUGGGCGCGGGCGCUGCUGGAGGCAUGCAAGCAGGUUAUCGUAGAGUGAGUUGUUUUGUAAAUAAAAUUCAUUUUGUUUUAAACUGAUUUUUAUUAGGAACUUAGCCAUCGUAACGUAUUGUAAUGAGAGAAAAAUUUACAAAUAAGAAGCAAAACUAUAAAUAAAA